UUCCGGGACGAACAUCUACUCACGGUGGGGAUAGGCAACUAAGUCUUAGAAACAAAGCAUUGAGGGAACCGGUUUUACGGAUAUUUUAUUUCGGACAUUGUAUGACAUGAUGUAAUGUAUGCGGUCGUUGUUUGUAGUGCAUCGUUAAGAAAUGAACUGUAUUGAAAAAUGAAUGUGGAACAUGAAGUAAAGUUAUUGAUUAAGGAAAUCCAGAGACUAGGGAAGCAAGGUGAUGACGAGCUCUACAGUGUUACGUUUGGCGUGUUGUUUGCAGACGAGCAGUGUGCCAACAUCUUUGAGGCUCUUGUUGGGACGCUGAGGGCUGCUAAGCGGAAGAAGGUGGUGACCUAUGAAGGGGAACUAUUGCUACAGGGCGUCCAUGACAACGUCCCCAUCAAGCUGCUUAAAGACAGCCUUUGAUAAUUGCUGAACAUUUAAUUAGCGGUUCAGGUGUCAAUGUAUUGUUUUUGUGUACAUGUAUAUGAACUCAUAUAGUUUACUUGUAUAGUCAUUUACUUUUAUAUGCUUGUAAAAAUGUAGUUUCUAGGCUUAUAAUUUUUAUUUUGAUAACAAUAUUGAUAUUGGUGUCUUGUAUUGGUGCAAUGUUUUGGUAAGCUGUAUGUGCUCCGUAUACAAGUAUAUAAAAGAAAUCUUUCAUAGUUCACAUGUUUCAAUGUAGUUGAAUGUUUUUAUGGAAUUUGUUUUUCUCAGCAAACAUUCAGAUUAUUGUCAGUUUAACAUGCUUUGUUCUGACUUAACUUGAGCUGUGCUAUUUGAAUAUAUAAGGACUAUUUAUUGGAUAUGAUUUCAUCCAAUCUGUGUGCAAUAGUUUAUAUUCGAUAUUGUGUUUGCAAACACCAUUCAAGUCAGUAUUGAUAAUGAUAAAAACCUCUUGUCCAAAUCUUUUCUUGACUGUUUUUAAAUCAGUCCAAUAACAUGAAGCUAAACAUAGCUUUUUGAUUAAAGUACAUUUUUAAACAUAUUUGGGCACAAAGGGGCAUGCUAUGUAUACGUUUGGUUUAUAUAGUUAUAGGACACAACAAUUUCUUCUCAGGUUUCUUUUUGUGAAAAUGUAGUUUUGUUGUAGUUGAACGGGAUCUCUAAAAGGACUGUGAUACUCCUAGUAAUUCAAUUCCGUUACCAGCACCACCGAACAUGGAAUCAUUGUUUGUCCCACAGUCAUUGUAUACCAAUCCAUGACCAAAGCCCUUAUUUCCAUAUUGUCGAGAUGCCCCUUACAGUUCUCAAGUGCCUAUAUAGUAAUAGUCUUCGUUUAUCAAUAGCUCUUGACAUCCCCCAAAACAACUUCAGUUUCAGUAGCCAAGUCAUGUCAAGUUGACUUUUCUUUAAUAACCAUCGUAUACAAUAUACAUGUGUAGUUCAGUGUUGCUUCACUAGUUUUUGUCAGACAGGCUUCUUUACUCUCCCCAUGGUUCUCACACUGCAUUUUAAAAUGCCCUAUAAUGCUCAGUGCCUUGUUGAAUAAAUGUGUAAACUAAA